UGUUUUGAAAACAGAGGAUUGGUGCUACAAGUCCUCUGUUUUUUGCCGGCUCGUUGAAUUGCAUGAAAGUGAUCAGCUGGACCUUAGAAUGAGCAAGUGGGGAGACCGGUUGAAGAAAGUGGAGCAGCUUGCUCAGUCCUUCCAGCAGAACCCCCUGACGACGCCCUACAAACCCCGACUGUGGCCCCUCCAGCCCUCCUCUGUCUGGAAACUCUUCCCUCGGCAGAGCCUGGCCAUCAGCUUUGCUCAAAGCUGUAGAGAGGCCGUCCAUGUUUUUGCCCUUGAAAAAGAAAAGGCUUCACAUGGUCAGAGAAUUUUUCUGGUCACCAGUUACAGCGAGCUGUGGCAUUAUUACAGGGUUUACCCCCAGUCCUUGAUGCAUUGUUAUGAGGUGAUACCAGAGGGGGCAGUGUGCAAGCUUUACUUUGACUUGGAGUUUCACAAACCCUCAAACCAAGGAUGUGACGGGACAUCAAUGGUCUCUCUGCUUAUUCAGUAUGUCUGUGAAAAGUUGAUGGAGGUUUAUGGGAUUGAAUGCUCUGUGAAAAACGUCCUGAACCUGGACUCCAGCACGGAUGACAAGUUUAGUCGCCAUCUUAUCUUCAUGCUACAAAACGCGGCUUUUAAAGACAACCUCCAUGUUGGUAGAUUCAUCCAUGCUAUUCUUCAGCCCAUCAUCACCAAACUCAGAAGUGAAAGAGACGUGUCACAGGAGGACAACAGUAAACAAGCGCUUGUGUCUGAGGUGGAUCAAAGUCCAGAUAUGAAGAGGAGAAAACAGGAAGAGAGAGACCUCAGCUUCCUGAUGGUGAAAAACAAGGAUGGUCAUAAAUGUCUUUUUGUUGAUCUGGGUGUGUACACCAGGAACAGGAACUUUCGGCUGUACAAGUCGUCUAAGGUGGGGAGAAACGCUGCAUUCACUGUGGCUCAGGACAACCAGUUUGCUGCCAAACCUGCAAAAGGAAUGUCUGUUGAGGAAAGUGUAUUCUUUGCCUCUUUGGUCUGUAAUAUUUGUUUCACGGGCCAGAGGAUUCUAACGUGGGACGCCCCAGAAAAAAAAGAGGCUGAAUCCCCAACGCCUCACUGCCAGCAGGGAUCUGAUUCAAAUCCAGGAACACUGUCUGGCUGCCUGUCUUCUCCGUACCAAGAAGUGGACAACUUUGUGUUAACCUUGGUCAGAAAGGAUGGGGUUCAGGGAAGCAUUCGAAGAUGGAGCUACUUUGCUGCAGAGCAGCUUCUUGUCUAUGACAUUGCCAAAUACCGCUGGUGUGAGAACGUGGGAAGGUUUCAUAAGAGCAACAACAUCAUGAUUGUUGUUGACCUGAAAGAAGAAGUCUGGUACCAGAAGUGUCAUGAUCCAGACUGCAGGAUCUUCCGGUCCUCCAGUUUUCCACUGCCACAAGAGAUCUGCGUCAGCUACAUCCUGACUCUGGAUGAGGAUGAUCAGGCCUAUUUAAUGGACGACACUGGAAACAUCGAGCCCAGCCAGGCCUCAAAUGGCUCCGUCUGUACGGUAGAGGAGACUCCUGAAGAUGUGUGGGGAAAAGAGCAGGACGAGCAGGAGUAUUUGAAGAGCCUGAAUGACUUUGAAGAGAACAGUGUAGAGAUCUCCGACCAGCUUCUCCUCACAUGUGUGGCAGACUUUGACUCCUAGAGGGAGACUGUGUUCUGCUGCGAUAACUGACGUCCUCAUAAAAACCCAUUUAAAUCAGCUAUAAGCAAACCUUUUAUUAACUCAGGAUGAAGACAUGCAGGUGUAAAAAGAGAAAAUGGCACAUUUUACUAAUAGUACAGAAUAUUCCCUUUUUAUUCUCUUUAUUUAAUAAAUGUGUCAUAAACCAAUCAUUUAACGUGAAAAUAUGGGUUCUGAAUAAUAAUUGUUAAUCAAGCUUCUCAAGCAACACAGCUGUACAUUAUAAAGGCUGCUAUAAACCCCAAAAAGGCCUAUAAAAUAGAAUAAACUGAUAGGAAACUUGGAAAUAAAAAUGUUGGAAGAAAAUAUUUUAUUUGACAAAUAUCUUAUAAUUUUAAAUAAAACAUUUUUUCCCUCCUUUUUGUUACAAGAGUGUUAAAAAUGUGAGCUUUAACAUCACAGAGCAUUUGACAUCCUGAGCUUUGCAGAGGAUAUUGAAAUCUGAAGACCGUUUUAUUUUUCAGGUAGCUUGAAGAAAGGGAGGGACAUUUGAAUUCCUUCAGAGAAUCUUCUCUUUCUCUGUGAAAUGUAUUUGCCUGUUGGGAAAUCUUUACCUUAAACCCAGUCGCUGCCAAACUUUGAAAAAAAAAAAAAAAAAAACACGCCCCC